AUGCUGGUGACCUAUUUGGAAGCCAGCCGCGACCUUUGCGAAACGGACUCAAUUCUUUUUGGCGCCGCAUUGGCAGUAUGCCGUAUUAUUGGCGCCAAACUUCCCAUGGCUGGAAGUGCUACUCGACAAAGUAGCACCAUCCCAUCCCGGAAAAAGAGAAUUGAGGACCGUAUCACAAAGCCAAGAGCCCUUAUCGGCAGACUGACAAGCUUCAGGUCGGGUAAUAAUAGACCGAGAGUUGUGCGCACCGUUAGAAUGGCGUUUGCUGGGACAAAUAUUAGUUUGUCCCAGCCGGAUAUCACGCAAAAACUAACGGAGCGUAUAGAUAAUCCGAAGCAAAAAAUCGCUGCUUGGGGGAAGCGGAUACGACGAUUUAGCGAAAGGUCAAGGCGGUUCAACCAGAAUCGUCUCUUCCAGAGUGAUCAGAAGAGGCUCUAUAAAUCAUUAGAGCGACCAGAGGUAUGUGGAGCGGGCCCAGGACCGGAGCAGGCUGAUACUGUCGCAUUUUGGCGUGGCCCGUGGUCAGAGCCCGUAAACCACAACGAGGGCCCUUGGAUGGAAGUUGUGGUGAGCCAGAGUGCGAGUGUUACGCCUAUAGACCCCGUCACCAUAACGCCAGAAGACGUGGCUGAGGCAGUCCGUAGGGCCCCGAACUGGAAAAUACCGGGGCUCGACGGGCUGUGUCAUUACUGGCUGAAGGGGUUCGUAGGGUGUCACGCUGUGCUCGCCCGACCGUUCCAAGAGGCUCUCAAGCAGAAGUGUGAAUAA